GCAACAUCAACAACCACCUGAUCAUCACCAGGAAACAAGACAGAAAACCGUAAAGCUCUCUCUCAACACAUAACAAGCGAAGUACUAAGAUGUCCCUAUUUCAAUCCCUCUUAGAUCCUUUCCAAGGCUUUUUCAAUAACUCGGAUAUCCUCAUGGACUGGAAGGAAACCCGUCACGCCAACAUCUUUGAAAUUGAUCUUCCGGGUCUUACAAAAGAGGACGUGAAGCUUCAAGUGCAUGAAAACAGAGUGCUUCAUAUAAGCGGGGAGAGGAAAGACGUGGCAGACGACGACAAGGCCGAAAAGUGGCACUGCAAGGAGAGAAGCAGUGGCAGCUUUUCGAGGCAGUUCCGUUUGCCAGAGAAUGCAAAGGUUGAUGAAAUUAAGGCUUCAAUGCGUGAUGGGGUACUUACUGUAACUGUCCCUAAAGAUGAGACCAAGAAGAAGCAUAAACAGCAUAAGGCGGUUGACAUUUCUGGAGAUGAAGGACGUGGGGAUCCUCCUAAAGGACUUGGUCGUUUUGUUUGCUGCAAAGCUUAAAAAACCUUGAUCCGGUACUUUUAUCUGUUGCCUUUGUGGAUUGGUUGAUGUAAUUUUCUUUCUGAUUAUCUUGCUUCGCUGUAAAUAUGGAUGCUUGCUUCUUCUUUUUCUUAUUUUAUAUUGUGAUUGUUUAUGUU